UGUGACAUGACAAUCUAACGGCCUAUAUUCAAUUGGGUUAUCAUAUCGAACUAUGGAGGGAACGACCUCAAAACUCAUUUCAGGCGCGAAUUAAGCUUGAUCAAAUAUUAAGCAGAGUUUCACCUUUGUUAAGAUCAUUCAUUAUAUGGCUUAAUUGAUAAUCAAUCUUGAGUUCCAAACAAAUUCUGUCCAAUCCCUUUCUUAAUUGUCAACCAACUCGAGUUUAUUUUAGUAAAAAUCUUGCUUUUUGCUUUAAUGCAACCAAGUGAAGCAAAUCUUCCUACCCAAUACAAAACUUUGCGAAUCUCCUUUCGAAAUCCAUUCGAACUAAUGAUCUCAAACUUGGGAAACUCAUACACUCGCGAUUGAUCAAGAUGGCACUACACAUUAACACAUUACUCGCUAAUCGACUGGUUGACAUGUAUUCUAAAUGCAGCUCUCUAGAAUAUGCGCAGCGGGCAUUUAAUGAAGUGUCGAACAAGAAUUGUCAAUCUUGGAAUACGAAAUCAUCCGCUUACUAUCAAAGGGGCCUUUUUGGAGAAGUCUUCAAGGUGUUUGAUGAAAUGCCUGAACCAAAUGUGGAGAGUUCUAACUCGAUUGUAUCGAGUUUGACUCGUUGUGGGUUUCCAGGAAAAGCGAUGGGUUGUUUCAAAAGAAUGGGAAAGAGAUAUGGGGAUGACUUCUUGAUUGAUGAGUUUACGGUUGUUGGUGUGGUAAAUGCUUGCGCGUGUUUGGGGGUGUUGAAGUUGUUGCGUGAAUUGCAUGGGUUAGCGAUUGUGGUUGGUGUGAGGUUUAAUCUUGUUGUUUGUAAUGCGCUAAUUGAUGCUUAUGGGAAAUGUGGGAAACCAGAGUACUCAUAUUCAAUUUUGUGCCGAAUGCAUGAGACAGAUGUAUUUUCCUGGACUUCGAUGUUGGUUGCUUAUAUACGUGCAUCUAGAUUGGCGGAUGCGUGCACACUUUUUGAUAGCAUGCCAGUCAGAAAUGUGGUGGCUUGGACUGCUUUGAUCACGGGAUUUACUCAGAAUGGAGAAGGAGAUAAGGCUUUGUGCGUCUUUAAGGAAAUGCUGGAAGAAGGUAUAUUAUGUUAUCCAACAUUUAUGCAGCAGCAGGAAGGUGGGAUGAUACUCGCAGACUGCGAAGGUACAUGGAUAACAGAGGAUUGAUGAAGGAAACAGCUUAUAGUUGGAUUGAGAUAAAAAAUAUCAAACAUAAGUUUGUCGCUAAAGAUAAGUCUCACAGUCUGUAAGAAGAAAUAAAAGAGUUGCUACUUAAACUCAUAGAUCCAAUGAAGGAUGCUGGAUACGUACUUCAUAUUGAAAGCUCAUACUUUCUCGAAGAUGAUGCAUUUUCUUGACAUCAUUGAAAGAGGUUGUAACCAUGUACAAACCUAUCUAAUUUAACAAUUAAAUAUGAUCUCUGGUGCAAAUCUGUUAUGAUGAAAUUUCUGGAAAAGAGAAAAGCGAGGGAAAAAUUUUACUUUUCCAGAUAUCACUAUCUUAAAGGUAGAAACAUGACCAUGAGAUGUUAGGCACUAUUAUACAUUCUUUGUUGCCUGAAGUUUCAGAGAAGUUGAUGUUACGAGAAGCAGAUAGAUCCAUCAUUAACAUGCGGGUAUCCACCUCUGUGGUAGUGCCUCAAAAGCUGGAGAUUAGCUGUACUAGUUGCUGUAAUUCAAAAUACAGCUUUAAAGUUGGAUUAAGUUUAGGUAAAUAAGGCUGUAAUCAUGCAGAACCUGAUUUUAUAACAACUGUUAAUCUUUAGGCAAUAAUGUCAGAGAUAUGAUAGCUUAUUUUACUCCUUUAAUUAAGUUUUUUCAGUUAUGAUUUUAUGUAUAAAUGUGGCAGUGAUCAUUCCAAUAAGUAAUGAAAUAUAAUAAAGCUUUUCUGC